AUGGCUAGCUUCCUUCCACGGCCGCCCUCAGAGCCGCGUCAGGGCCCAAUGAGCCCGCGCCGCAACAAGGCUCUCCGUUUGGCGGUCGCUCAUGUCGACACCCAGGACUCCGGGGCAGAGAUGAUCCAGUCAGAGACGACGACCCCCGAGGAUUCCACUUCCGAAGGUGGUGCAGAGAAGAAUGUCCAACGCCGCGUUUCCUUUGACGAGACACCGGAGAUCCAGUGGAUAGAAGCGCCGGAAGAUGCAGACGUGUCUCCAGGUCUCCUGCAUGGUAUCGGCGGACUUGGAGCUCUCGUGGCCUCACGGGAGUAUCGUCUGCGCGACUCACAACGGGCAGCAUUUCCCCUUCAAGAACUGGGGGACUUUGCCGAUCUCUUGACGGAGAUUGCCGAAGAUGUCUGA